AUGUCGCUUAACGUCGGCCAUUUUCCGCGCGCAGAACUGGCGGUGAUGAACGACAUCACCACUGCCUUUGACCCGGCUGCGUUUGCAAUCAACGCGUCGGGAAAGGCAACGAAAGUUCGCCGUCGCAAAGCUUUGCUCGAUAAGGAAACAACCUCCACGAAUGCCCCGCGCCUAGUCGCCAGCGACCACAACGACGAGGCCGAGAACGGCCCACAUGUGCUGACCAGCCAAAUUACCAUCCUUGAUCAGGACGCUUGGGACUCCGACAACCGAGUCGCUGCAUCUUGGGACUGGAACAAAGUCGUCCGCGCUGACUAUGACGACAAAGACAUUUUCAAGUCCGAUCCACUCUGGAAGCCAUACUUCCAUGAGACUGGCAUCUUCUGGGUCUGCCGGUCAGACUACGCGCAGGAAGUCAUCGACAACUACAAGGCACUUGGCCGCCAAGCGGAUCUGCAGGCUGUAUCCAUUGAGGAGGCAAAGAAGCUUUUUGGAGGCCUUUUUGAGGACGCAAACUAUGACGGCGCCAAAGAGGUGCUCGUAAACAAGACGAGUGGUUGGGCACAGGCUGGCGACUCGCUCAGAGCUAUCACCAAAUGGUCGAUUGAGAAUGGCGUCAAGUACAUCACACAGAAGGCUGAGAGCCUCGCCUUUGACAACAGUGGAACAUGCACUGGUGUCAAGACUGAGCAGGGAAACACCAUUUCCGCAUCACAUGUUAUCCUUUCCACCGGAGCCUACACCGCAAAGUUGCUCGAACAAGCUGCCAAGGCAAGCGGAAACACCAACCUCCGCGCAGGCUCAAGAAUCGUUGCUGGUGGUAUCACCACUGGUAUGACCACUCUUGAUGAUAAGUCAUACAAGCGUUUUGCCAAUAUGCCCGUUGGUGUACAAGGCUACACAGCAGCCCAGGGCCCAUUUAUUGGAAGCUUGCCACCCACCAAGGACCGUGAGCUCAAGUGGUGGGGUGAGAAGAUCUUCAAGAAUACACACGAGGUGCUACCUGGCCGCUUCGUAUCCGCGCCACCAUCUGGAAAGGACUACAACCACCAGUGGAACGUCCCUGGUCCUCUGAAGCAGGAUAUUGACCACGCCAACCACGUAUUCUAUGGCAAGAAUGGUGCGACAUGGAAGAUGGAGAAGCACCGUAUCUGCUGGGACGCUUUUACAACCUCAUCCGACUUCAUCAUUUCACCACAUGCCGGCGCCAAGGGUCUCUACGUCGCCACGUGCGGCUCUUUCCAUGGCUACAAGUUCUUCCCUGUCCUCGGCAAAUACGUCAUUCAAAUGCUCGAAGACGACCUCACGCCUGAACUCAAGGAGAAGUGGGCUUGGGACCGCGAACGACCUGCACCUAGCCUGAACCCUGACUGGCCCAGGUGGGAGAUGAACGACCUGCUCGACCAGUGGCCAAAGGCGAAGUUGUAA